AUGGCAGAUUCCUUCACAAGAGGCUGCUCCGCGGCAGUGAGCGGGGCCGGAGCCGCAGCCCGGGCGAGCAGAACUGAGCCGAGCCGGCAGGUGCACGGCUGCGUGGACAGCAGCGGCAUGACCGGCCACCACGGCUGGGGCUACGGCCAGAACGACGGCCCCUCACACUGGCACAAGCUGUAUCCCAUUGCCCAGGGAGACCGCCAGUCACCAAUCAAUAUCGUGUCCAGCCAGGCUGUGUACUCGCCCAGCCUUAAGCCACUAGAGCUUUCCUAUGAGUCCUGCACGUCCCUCAGCAUCACCAACAAUGGCCACUCUGUCCAGGUGGACUUCAAUGACAGCGAUGAUCGAACUGUGGUGACUGGGGGCCCCCUGGAUGGGCCCUACCGGCUCAAGCAGUUCCACUUCCACUGGGGCAAGAAGCACAGCGUGGGCUCAGAGCACAUGGUGGAUGGCAAGUCAUUCCCCAGCGAGCUGCACCUGGUUCAUUGGAACGCCAAGAAAUACAGCACCUUUGGGGAGGCGGCCUCAGCACCUGAUGGCCUGGCUGUGGUUGGUGUCUUCUUAGAGACGGGGGACGAGCACCCCAGCAUGAACCGUCUGACAGAUGCACUCUACAUGGUUCGGUUUAAGGGCACCAAGGCCCAGUUCAGCUGCUUCAAUCCCAAGUGCCUCCUGCCUGCUAGCUGGCACUACUGGACCUACCCCGGCUCCUUGACAACGCCCCCACUGAGCGAGAGUGUCACGUGGAUUGUGCUCCGGGAGCCCAUCAGCAUCUCUGAGAGGCAGAUGGAGAAGUUCCGGAGCCUACUUUUCACCUCAGAGGAUGAUGAGAGAAUCCAUAUGGUGAACAACUUCCGGCCGCCACAGCCACUGAAGGGUCGUGUGGUCAAGGCCUCCUUCCGAGCCUAAGCUGCCUACUUGCUCAGCCAGCCACCGGGGCAUCAUCUUCCCAAGGGCUUCCAUGUCAGCAGACACCAAACCAUCAGAGGCUACCUCCUCAGGAGGCUGUGGACACCCCCUCCUCAGCUGGCUUGCCCCUUGGCCACCCUGGAGGC